GGCGGCUGGACCGCGCGGGGGGCGCCCGGCACGACGUGCUCGCGAUGAAAGUGAAGCUUCUCCAGUCCUAUGUAAUGGACCUGAGUGACCAGAAUGAAGUCUUAGUGCAAGCAAUGGAAGAGCUGGAGAGAGAGGCUGCCUGGAAGGUGACCACGCUGGAGGCAGAGCUUCAGGAGUACGUUGCCAGGGUAACGGAGUGUAAGCAGGAGAACAGUACCUUGCAGAUCACAAAGGCAAAUCUGCAGAAAGAAAUUUCACGCCCGUCCCUGGCUCAGCGCCCGGUGCCAACAGAACACCUUUCAGGAUCCACAGCAACGCAGACAACCGACUCUUCAUCAGGGCGAGGGAUGGAGCAAGAGGACCUGGGAGCUCAGGUGGCCUCCAAAGGGCAGCUUAUUCAUCAGCUAAGUGUCCAGCGGAGGGAGGCGGCUCGCAGCCAGGAGAAGACCAAAGCUGAGGUUCUGGAGAAAGAAGCCAAGAUCCAGGAGCUGCAGCAGAUCAUCACGGGCCUUCACCAGGAAAUUUCCCUGAAGGACUUGGAGGCAGCAAGCGAAAUACAAGCGAAGCACCUGUUGGAGACCAAGAUCCAGUCCCUCCAGCAGAUGGUGAGCAGCGCCUUGGCACCGUGUUGUCCUGAGAGCCAGCUCUCCUGCUCCCAGGCCAGCAAGCUCCUCAAGGCAGAGCUGGAACAUCGAAAUGCAAAAAUCCAGAGCCUCCAGAACCAGCUUUUGCUCCAGCAGGACAAAGGGGACGGCCUUGCAGCCGAGCUGGAUGCUCAAGAGCAGAGGAUCUAUCAACUGCAGACCAAGCAGAGGGAGAGGCAGGCAGAACUGGAGCAGAAGCACAGCCAGAUCCAGCAGCUCGAACAAGAUGUGGAGGCCAGCCGCCAGCUACAGGAUGAGUCUCAGAGGCAGCUUGCGGAGUGUAAUGUGCGCCUGGCUCAGGUGGAAGGAGAGAACGAGGCCCUCAGAGCCCACCAGUGAGAGCAGCUGCUGGAGUUCUUGAAGUGCAGAGCCCAAAACACAACACAGUUUUCCAGGGCAGGCCUCAGUGCUGAAUAGAGCAGAAGAAUUGUUUUCCUUCACUUUCGGAUGAUGCUCAGUUGAUACAGCCCACUAUACUAUUGGCUUUUGCAAUAAGUUUCUUGAGUCCUGCUGAGUCUGUGAUCAGCUGUGACCCCAGGGACUUUGCGUGCAGUUCGUCAGCCUCUCCAGUUGUUCCCCACUUCGUACUUGUGCCCACAAUUGUUCCAUCCAAAGCAUGCAGGACUUUGCAUUUGUCCUCACCAGAUUUCAUUCAUUCAACCUGGGACCAUUUUGCCUGUUUAUUAAGGUCAUUCUGAAUCCCAGAUGCAUCCUCUUCUCUGUCCUACCAGGACCCCUUUCAGUGUUACUACUACUACUCUGUCAGAUCAUGAGGUUUCAUCAUGACUUGUGAUACUUUUUGGUUUUUUCAGUGGUUUUCUUGCUGAGAGGCAGGGAAUGAGGAGCAGAGAAUGGGAAUUUGAAGGAUAGGAGACUUGAAGAGAAAAGGGAGACAGUGAGGGAGCCUGGAGGAGCAGCACCUCCAUGUCUGUAACAUUUGCAAGCUCUAGGGACCAGCAGUCCCUGGAGGCUGCCACAGGGCAUCUGCUGUGGAGCUCUGUCAGCGUAAUUUAGCACCAGAAGCAUGAGUUAUGGGCCUACCCUUUACAGGAGGGCCGGCUGCUCAGCCCUGCCUGUCAGAUGGGUCCCUCCUGCCUGAUGGCAAGCUCUCCCAGCCAGCGGCUCCCUGCGUGGCACAUCUGUGUGAAUGUAGCCCCCAUGCUAAUGUCUCUCUGAAAUGGAGCUGAGAAAGCUGUUAACCUCAGUUAGCCGCCUGUUCUCGCUGUGACCCGGAUAAAUCACCGGAGCUGGGGCUUCCAGGGACUCUCCCUCCAGGCAGGGGAAAUGGAUGGCCGUUCCGCACGGGUGCUACCCAGAGAGGACUGAGUUUCCAGCUCCCACUAGGGAGGGAGUGGGGGGACUUCUGCUCCCAGGAACUGCGCCUGGGUGUGGCUCCCAUCAGGCUGCAGCCCUAGCCAUCCAUCGUGCCUCGGAGCCCAUGGCAGCCAGGCACUGGAGUGGCCAGGACAGUUCCCCAGGGUCCAGGAGCCCAGGCAUGCUGACUGCCUUAUGAUUCCCAUGUCCCUUCCUGUGCCUCAGGCAAUUGCUCCAUGCUUGCGAACUGCGUUGGAAGGGAAAUAACACACAACCUGUCCCCUCCACGGUGCCCACGGCCCAUGCCGCAGUGGUAAGAGCGGUUAGUUGGGUCUUUGGUGCCCACAGGCUGUCUCUGCUUCUGCUGCCCUCGCAGCCAUGGAGGCUGCACAGUUGGACGGGGGUGCCACAGACCUUGGCGUAGCCACUGCCACCGCAUUUACAGCAUGCAGCACUGCAUUGUGGACAGCGCCACAU